AUGUUGUUCUGUGAUCGUCGUAAUGCUCUCUCCUUGGACCUCCGUAUGAUGGAGUCUCUGUGGUUGAAGGAGGAAUGCAAUGUUGGUCCGAUGGUGGAGCUCACAUCAAUCAUACAAGGGCUCAUUGGACCAGACAGUCACAAGAUGUCUGCUAACUGUCCUACCGAAGUCUUCAAUAUAACCCAGAUGCCUGAUGCCUUUAUCGUUCGCCACGGUGAGCUUAUUGGUGUCUUCAUUGAUGAAGAGAGGAUAACCUUGAGAUCGGUGCUGGAGAAUAAUCGGUUCGUUAUGGAACUCGAUCCACCUUGUUCGAAGGGCUCCCUCGUCGACUAUGCCCCUGAAGGUGACCGUUUCAUAGCUUUCAGUAGGUCUUUCAACAGGCUUUAUACAUACGAUCUCCGCGUGAGCUCCUGCGUUGCCAUCUGUGAGGUGAAAGCUUUGCCGCGGGAUGGCGGAAAGCACAUAGCGAUGGGGUACUGUAAGGCCCAUGUGUUCUUCUGCUUCGACCAAGGGAAAUAUCUGGAUAUUUACGAUACGGAAUUGAAAGGAGGUAUAUCAUCCUCGCAGGCCAGGAGAGUCACGUCUAUUUCACCAGUCGAUGGCCUUCAUACUAUAGCUAUGGCCUGUCGUGCCCCUGAGUCCUCUAUUUCACUCCGAGUUGUCUUUUGUGAUGACGUUGGUUACGAGUCCGUCACUCUGACGCUGACUGGCACUAAGCGCCCUCAGAUCCUUAAGAAGAAGUCUUACACCUCGAUAGGUCGCGGGAUUCACGAAGUGCCAAUCGUUGGGCCGGUUGCUAUCGUUGGUUACGAUUCAGUGGUCAUGAAGGACCGUACGGACAGUAAGCAUCUCGUGUGGAGACUCGUUGACCUUACCCACAAGACAUCUGUCCAACUCCCCAUCGUCUCCGACUCCGUGGUCACAUUCGCAGGCAGGAUGUCAGGGGGCGUUGUCUAUGUUGUGAGGUCAGUCCCAAUCCCAACCAUAUGGCUUCUUCAUUGCUACGAGGUCAUCGAAGAGUAA